UUACCCCUCUCGUCCCCUAAUCUCCAGUGGUCCACGAUGCCCCCGCGGAAGCGGACGCGCCCGGCCCUGGGGUUCCUGUGCUGCUUUGGCAGCAGCGAGCCCCUGGAGAUCAACCUGAAGGACAGCGUGCCCCUGCAGUUGCUGGAGUUCAGUGCCCCCAUGCCCCCGGCCGAGGAACUACACGCACGUUUCUCUGAACUGGUGGAUGAAUUGGACCUGACAGACAAGAACAGGGAGGCAAUGUUUGCUCUACCUGCCGAGAAGAAAUGGCAGAUCUACUGCAGUAAGAAGAAGGAGCAAGAGGACCCCAACAAGCUGGCCACGAGCUGGCCCGACUACUACAUCGACCGCAUCAACUCCAUGGCUGCUAUGCAGACCCUGUUCGCCUUUGACGAGGAGGAGAUGGAGAUGAGGAACAAAGUGGUGGAGGACCUGAAAACAGCACUUCGGACUCAGCCAAUGAGGUUUGUGACGCGCUUCAUUGAGCUCGAGGGCCUCACCUGCCUGCUCAAUUUCCUGCGGAGCAUGGACUACGAGACGUCGGAGAGCCGCGUGCACACCUCAGUCAUCGGCUGCAUCAAGGCCCUGAUGAACAACUCGCAGGGUCGAGCUCACGUGCUGGCCCACCCGCAGAGCAUCAAUACCAUCUCCCAGAGCUUGCGGCAGGACAACGUCAAGACCAAAGUGGCCGUGCUGGAGAUCCUGGGCGCAGUGUGCCUGGUGCCCGAUGGCCACAAGAAGGUGCUGCAGGCGAUGGCCCACUACCAGAAGUAUGCCGCCGAGAGGACCCGCUUCCAGACGUUACUGAAUGAACUAGACAGAAGUACGGGGCGCUACAGAGACGAGGUCAACCUGAAGACAGCCAUCAUGUCCUUUAUCAACGCUGUGCUCAAUGCCGGGGCUGGGGAGGACAACCUGGAGUUCCGCCUCCACCUUAGGUACGAGUUCCUGAUGUUGGGGAUCCAGCCCGUGAUUGACAAGCUCAGAGGGCACGAUAAUGCCAUUCUGGACAGGCAUUUGGACUUCUUUGAGAUGGUGAGGAAUGAGGAUGACUUGGAGCUUGCCAAGCGUUUUGACUUGACCCACGUGGACACUAAGAGCGCUGGCCAGAUGUUUGAGUUGAUCAAGAAGAAGCUGAACCACACAGAUGCCUAUCCUUACCUGCUCUCUAUCCUCCAGCACUGCCUCCAGAUGCCCUACAAACGCGGAGGGGGCAGUCUGCAGCAUUGGCAGCUCCUAGACCGGAUCCUGCAGCAGAUAGUCCUACAAGAUGAGAAGGGAGAGGACCCGGACAUAGCGCCCCUAGACAACUUCAGUGUCAAAAAUAUAAUUCGCAUGUUGUUCAAUGAAAAUGAGGUUAAGCAAUGGAGAGACCAAGCAGAGAAGUUCAGGAAAGACCACUCAGAGCUAAUGGCCAAGCUGGAGCGGAAAGAGAGGGAAUGUGAUACCAAGACGCAGGAGAAGGAGGACAUGAUGAAGACCCUCAAUAAGAUGAAGGACAAACUACAAAGAGAGGGAGUGGAGUUGCGGUCAGCGCGGGACCAAGUGCUCGACCUGCACUCGCGCAUCAGUGACAUAGCAGGUGACAGCGUACCUUUCCCUCCUCCGCCCCCUGGUGGCCCUGUCCCCCCUCCCCCCAUGACUGGAGGCUUCCCUCCGCCCCCUCCCCCUCUGCCAUUCAGCUGCCCUCCUCCUCCCCCUCCUCCACCUGGAGGCCCUCCUCCUCCUCCUGGAGCUCCACCCAUCUUCUCUGGAAUCCCACCUCCUCUGGGCCCACCUGGAUUUAUUACUACUGCUACCAUGCGCUCCAAGUCUAUCCCGCAGCCCUCGCACCCACUCAAAUCCUUCAACUGGGCCAAGCUGGGCGAGAAUAAGAUCACUGGCACCAUCUGGCACGACGUCGAUGACCUGAGGGCCUUCAAGAUCCUCGACCUCAAGGACAUCGAAAAGAUGUUCUCGGCCUAUCAGAGACAGCAAGAGCUGCUCACUAACCAAUCCUUCAAGCAGAAGGAAACAGGCUCGAUGGAUGACCUGUACCUGAGCACUCGCAAGGUGAAGGAGCUGUCGGUAAUCGACGGUCGCCGUGCUCAGAACUGCGUCAUCCUGCUCUCUAAGUUAAAAAUGAGCAACGAGGAGAUCAAGAGGGCCAUUCUAGAGAUGGACGAGCGGGAAGAGCUAGCCAAGGACAUGCUGGAGCAGCUGCUGAAGUUUGUCCCUGAAAAGAGUGACAUUGACCUCCUGGAAGAGCACAAACACGAGCUGGAGCGCAUGGCCCGUGCUGACCGCUUCCUCUUCGAGAUGAGCAGAAUUGACCACUACCAGCAGAGACUUCAGGCCCUGUACUUCAAGAAGAAGUUUGCAGAGCGCCUGGCGGAAACCAAGCCCAAGGUGGAAGCCAUACUGAGUGCCUCUAAGGAGGUGGUCCGCAGUAAGAGGUUGACUCAGACCCUGGAGGUGGUCCUGGCCUUCGGCAACUUCAUGAACAAAGGUCAGCGGGGCAACGCCUACGGCUUCAAGGUGUCAUCCCUCAACAAGAUCGCAGACACCAAGUCCAGCAUAGACAGGAACAUCACCAUGUUGCACUACCUAAUCAUGAUCUUUGAGAAGAACUACCCUGACAUCCUCCACAUCCAGCAGGACCUGCUCAGCAUACCUGAGGCAGCCAAAGUCAAUCUGGCUGAGCUAGAGAAAGAGGUGCACAACAUCAAGAGUGGACUGAAGGCUAUAGAGACGGAGCUGCAGUACCAGCAGAGCAGGACGACGGACCGGGGGGACAAGUUUGUCCCCGUGGUGGGGGACUUCAUCACAGUGGCCAGCUUUAGCUUCUCUGAGCUAGAAGACCUUCUGAACGAGGCCAAGGACAAGUUCACCAAGUCACUGAAGCACUUUGGGGAGGAGCAGGAUCGCAUGCAGCCCGAUGAGUUCUUUGGGAUCUUCGACACAUUCCUGGUGUCGUUCGACGAAGCCAGGCAGGACCUGGAGAACAUGCAGCGCCGCAAGCAGGAGGAGGAAAGGAGAGCACGCAUGGAAGUCAUGCUGAAGGAGCAGCGAGAGCGUGAACGGCGGGCCAAGAAGGGUGGCGCCACGGACGAGGUGGGGGGCGAGUUUGACGACCUGGUGUCGGCGUUGCGCUCCGGCGAGGUCUUUGACAAGGACCUGUCCAAACUCAAGCGCAACCGCAAGCGUUCGGUCAACCAGCUAGUGGAAGGGGGUGGCCGCGAAAGACCGGUCACCAAGGUCAACUAUUAAUGACCCCUGGCCCCCAGGAGUCAUAGGUGAAAGGGAGACAACAAACAAUGUUGGCACUGUUUUCCUCACCGGUGAACUCUAGAGGUUAAGGGUCAGAGGGUAAGAUUGUGGGUGUCGGAUUGCUGUUUUGAUAUAGCAGCCACACAACCCAUCGGAAGGAAAGUAGAUUUUUAGCUGACGAGAAUUGCUCUUCUUCAAAACUCCACCAAGACACCUGACCCCAUCUUCAGAAGUGGACUACAGACACUUAAACUGACUGACAGACAGACCACUGUGACAUGACUCCCUUUCCUCUUUAGACCGCCUCUCCAUCCCCUUUUGACCACAUCUGUCCAGAACUGUGCUCCAUGACUCUCUUUGUCUAUCCCCCUCUUUCUCACUGUGCUCUUCCACUCACACACACACACGUACAUACUCUAAUCAUAAUAAUUUUAUAUCGCUCUUCAUUACAUAAAGGGAAGCUCAAAGCGUUAUAAAGCAACAACAAAAACAAACAAUAAAAAUAAAAUAAACAUAAUGAGAAAGUGCAUGGCAUGAUUGAGGUGGUCAGCGGAGGGAAGAGGUGGUCAAAGGGGAGUGGAAGCAGCAGGCAGCACGUUGUCAUCACGGUGUCUCGCCAUCCACGCCGUCUGUGGUUUGGAAGUCCGACUCAAUCAGAUGAAGUUAGAGUUCCCUAAUAGCCACUGGACUAGUUAGCCAACUACUCUUCACUAAUACCAAAAUGCAGCACCCACUUGGCAGUCACAAGACACACAAUAGUAAUUCAGGAUUAGCCAGUCAUGGUCAUCUGUCAUCUCUUUACACCUCUGUAUUCUGGCUUCUCUCAAUCCUCAACAUCUGGAAAGUAGGCAUAAUCAAAUCAAUACAAAACAUUACAUACUAGCAAGCUAACAUUAGUUUUCUAGCUAGCCAAAAAACAACUGCCAAUUUCAGCCUUUAAAACAUGCUGGAUUCAGACUAUAAUAAUAAGCUAAUAGUUCAUUCAUAAAACCCAAAGUUUGUAGGGAAAAAUGCUAUUAAAGCAAUUAAUGACAACUAUUUACAAAAUAUACAGGAGCUCUCUGCCUACCCGACCUUAUGGUGCCAUGGCAACCUAUUCUAUUUGUCCCUUGAUGGGUUGCAUCGCUCUGAGUUUUUGCUAUUUGGUGUAAUGACUCCUUGAGCCCAGCAGAGGGCAGUGGUUCUCUGUGGAGCCUCCUCUCUCGCUCUGUCUCUUACUCUGGUGGUGCUUAUACUAGUUGGUAGUAGCUUUACUUCUUCUAGUAGUGAAUGUAAUGACACAAAGAGUACUUCCCAAAAACUGCCAACAUUUUUGCAGCUGGUGUAGGCCCAUGCAGGAUUUGGGAGUAGGAUGUUGAGGUGACACAAUGGGGACUUCUGCUCAGGAGACGUGGCCACAUCGGCUGCCUUUGGGAACACUCUCUUCCCAAGUGCCUCUACCAUGUGGCAUUCCCGAGGACUCACUCCCAGACGGAAUUUCACAGAACGAGAGCACAACACUUCCCAGUACAAAUACGUGGGAGAGUACCCGUGCCCCAAGUUGACCUUUUACUAUUAAUUUGUCUUCAACAAUUUAAAGAAAAGAAGGAUUGUUUCGGCAGUACCCUGUGCCAAAGCAACAGAAAAACACUAUAUACAGUGUUUGUCACAAUACAACUGAUUGGCUCAAACGCAAUAAGAAGGAAAGAAAUUCCACAAAUGAACUUUUAACAAGGCACACCUGUUAAUUGAAAUGUAUUCCAGGUGACUACCUCAUG